UGUGUCGAAAUCUGUGGAGGUUAACCAUGCUUCAAGUAUUCUGUCAUUCGAUGCGCACGAUUCGACUGCUCAGAAGGAACACAAGAAUCGUUCGUGUGUCGAAUGUGAGACAUUUGAAUCUGCUAGAAUAUCAGAGCAAGGAGCUUUUACGAGACUCCGGUGUGUCGGUGCAGAACUUUGCUAUUGUUGAUGACCUAACCAAAACAAAUUCCGCCUUGAAAAAACUACACGCCAAUGAAUUUGUUAUUAAGGCUCAAGUCUUAGCUGGUGGUCGUGGUAAAGGCUGGUUUGAUAAUGGAUUCAAGGGUGGAGUACAUCUUACCAAAGACCGUAAUGCUGUUGCUAAUUAUGUGAAGAAUAUGUUAGGUCAUCGCCUUAUUACUAAACAGACUUCAAAAGAUGGCAUACUAGUGCAGAAAAUUAUGAUAGCCGAAUCGGUGGAUAUCGCGCGUGAGACUUAUGUUUGUAUUCUCAUGGAUCGUCAGCAUAAUGGUCCGGUGUUAAUAGCAUCUCCAGCGGGUGGAAUGGACAUUGAAACGGUGGCUGAGAAACAUCCCGAACAAAUCAAAACUGUUCCAUUAGACAUUUAUCAUGGAAUCGGUGAUGAAAUAGCGAAGGACGUCUGCAUUUUUCUAGGAUUUACUGAUACCGAUAUUCUCAAUGAAGCCAUGUACGAAUUGAAGAAUCUAUGGAAGUUAUUUGUGGACAUUGACGCUUUGCAAGUUGAAAUAAAUCCAUUGGUGGAGACAACAGACAAGAAAGUGAUAGCAGUAGACGCAAAAAUCGCAUUCGACGAUAAUGCUCAAUUUAGACAACAAGACCUAUUUGCCUUGGAAGAUGUUAGCGAGAAAGAUCCCAGAGAGGUGGACGCAUCGCGAUUUAACUUAAAUUAUAUUGGAAUGGAUGGUAAUAUAGGAUGCUUAGUAAAUGGAGCAGGCUUAGCCAUGGCUACAAUGGAUAUUAUUAAAUUAAAUGGAGGAUCACCAGCUAAUUUCUUGGAUGUCGGCGGUAAUGUGAGAGAAGAUCAAGUUUUUCAGGCAUUCAGAAUCCUUAGUGAAGAUCCAAAAGUCAAAGUCAUUCUCGUUAACGUUUUUGGAGGUAUCGUGAAUUGUGUAACGAUUGCGAAAGGAAUUAUUGCAGCAUCGCAAAAUUUGGGACUUAAAAUACCACUUGUUGUAAGGCUAGAAGGUACUAAUGUAACAGAAGCCAAAAAAGUUUUGUCUAAAUCUGGAUUGCCUAUUCUUACAGCGAAUAAUUUGGAUGAAGCUGCGAAAAAAGCGGUAAAUUCGAUAAAAGCAUAAUCGUCGUAUUAAUAUAAUGGUAUACUGGUGGCUAAUAAUUAUUUAAGACUGGAAAUUUAUGAUUUUAAAAAUGAAAAAAGUUAUUAGUGUUUUUUACUGUAGUGGAUUUGAACUCAAUGCGAGUUGGGUUAAUGACACUACAUGCUCUACUUUAAGUUUUAAUAAACAGUUCCAGCAUGUGACGUCAUUAAUGCACCUUGAGUCGGAUUUAAACUUAUUUUAAUCAAAAAUGCUACAUAAUUUUAUGAAUAACUUAGGAUAGGGAAUUGUUUAUAGAAUUUUUUAAUUUUUAUAACAUGAAUACUGUUGAUUGUUUUAUAUAGCAUUUAAUUUUUGCGAUUUUUACUUUAGAUUUGUAUUUAAACGCAUGCGAACAUAUUUCCAUAUGUUUAAAUACGUUUCUAAAGUGCUGCGUAUAGUUAUGUAUCAUUGUCGAACUUUUUCUUUGAUUUAAUCAUCCAUAAUUGCAUUCCAAUUGCGUUUCUAUUACUGGAUUAAUAUCUUAUAAAUUUAAGUAUCUCUCUUUGUUAUUUUAUAAUGCAGUACGAUUAUAUUGUUACUAAAAUUUUGAAACUUAUUUUAAUCCUGUUAAACUGAGAUCUAAAUGUAUAUCAUUGUUUUGCGUUGGUAUAAUUUGAACUCCUGGUCAAGAUAUUUAAUUAAUUUUUAUUAAUUUAGUUAUGCAGAUUCUAAAAUGACAUUGAAUGCACGUAUAAGUUUUAACAAGAGAGAUUAGAAAAUUAAAAAAUUCAGAAAAUUUUGAAAAAUUAUGUACAAGUAGCGUAGUUUUUUUAUGAAACUUUUAUUUUUGCAAAAUUACAAUUUAAAGAGGUGAAACAGCUUUUAGGAAAAAACGAUUUUUUCCUUUUCAGCCAAAUAUGUUUGAAACUAAAAGAUAGAAAGAUAAGAGAAAAA